AAAACAAUUAGGCAAAUUGGGCCCCGUAAUGGUAGUGGGGCAUCUUCAGCAAAUGUUGUUGUGGGGGCUUCUGAGGUGCCUCAUAUUAGGAGAACAAGCCAUUACUACUGUAAGAGAACAAACCAAUAUUGCAGCAGCAAGCUCAAGUCGAACAGUGCAGGAGGCAGGGCUUACUGGUGAUGAGUUCAUAAAUGUUCCUUGGCUAAUUGAUAACGAGGAUGAAGAAUGUGUUGAUAGUGAGGCUGAUGAAGCUAGAAGGAGGAGGUCACAACACAAGAUCUUUGAUGACACUUUCCUCAUUCUAGAAUUUGAAAUUGGUAUGCAUGAAGAACUGCAUCUUGAGAUUACUAUUAGUCAAGCUCGGAGAGCAAAGCAACUCAUUAUUAAGGAGUUUCAAGGUGGUUGCAAGAAGGAAUAUAAUAAACCUAUUAUUGGUCUUGAUGGAGCUUUCCUCAAAGGUCCAACCAAGGGACAAUUGCUAUCAGCAGUAGCCAAAGAUCCAAAUAACCAAAUGUAUUCAGUAGCUUGGGCUAUAGUAGAAUGUGAAAGAACAGACAGCUGGACAUGGUUCUUAGAACUUUUGGGGGUUGACUUGAUGAUAGGUGAUGGAGAAAACUUCACAUUUUUGUCUGAUCAGCAAAAAUACUGGUGUAAGGCAUUCCUUGAUACUCAUUGCAAAUGUGAUGCUGUUGAUAACAAUAUGAGUAAGACCUUCAAUGGAUUUAUUCUUGAUGCAAGGCAAAAGGCUGCUAUGUCUUUGCUAGAGGACUUAAGGUGGAAGUGCUCAAAAAGAAUCAUAGCAAACCAGGCCUUUGUAGACAAAAGUUUUGUUGGAGAAUUUGGUCCAAAAUUUUGGGAGAAGAUUGAGCAGCAUAGGGCUGCAAUGUCUGGGUGCUAUAUGUUACCUAAAGCCCUUGUGGAAUAUGAGAUCAAAGAAAGAAAUGACUCAUUUUUGGUCAAUGUUUGUGACCAUACAUGCACUUGUAGGGUAUGGCAACUCAAUGGCAUUCCUUGUAGACAUGCCAUGCUUUCCAUCCAACAUAGAGAGGAAAACUUUGAAGACUAUGUGCACCCUCGCUACAAAAGACAAGCAUACAUUAACACAUACAAGCACUGCAUAAUUCCUUUAGAUGGCAUGGAAAGAUGGGAAGAAACAGGCAUGCCUCCACUUGAUCCACCAGUGGAAAGGAAGACGAUGGGCAAACCUAAAAAGAAAAUGCAUUUAGAAGAUUGGGAAAUUUCUAAUGGAUCUAACAUUAGUAGAAAGGUUGAGAUGCCUAUUGGAGAUGCAAGAGUUGUUGGAGGUGUUCAAAUGAAACUUCAACUGAAAAAUCAACAAGUUGCUAGAGAAAAUCAGCUACUUGCUGUUGAUGUGCAAGGUCAAACUAGUAAUGUCAGCUCAAAUUUAAUGGGAAUUCAACAAGCCAACAAAGGAAGGAAAAAAGAUGCCAACAAUUCUGUCCAAUGUCCACUUGAGCUACUACAAGAGUUCAGACGAAAAUGUCAACACAAAAGAAAGGCAAAACCCAUAAUUAAAGAACUAGUUGUUGAAUCUGGGAGUGGCACAAUUAAUAUUGAAGUCAAUGAAGCUACAAGUCAUGGUCAUCAAGUGCAUGUGCAGGGUAAGGGGAAAGUUGUCCAUGGCAACAAGGGGAAAGUCGUCCAAACCACCAAAAAGGCACAAAGGUUUGCAAGACUCAGGCCAAUGGAGCAACGUAGAUUGGAUGAAAUGGAGUUGGCAAAUUGGAGUGCUUUGAUUCAAGCUAUGGGUUCUACUGAUGAUGGAAACAAUUGUCCUUAAAGUAUUUUAGGGUGUAUUUUGGUUGUUAAAACUAGUUACAAAAGUACCAGUCAAGCCACAUUUCUGGAUUUUUUUGGAACUUAAUCAAAGGCAGGCAGCAUGUAUCAAGGCAGAAACUUGGCUUUUUUUUUUUUUUUUUGACAGACUUUGUAUGUGAUGGGACACUUCAUUCCUGUUUAUAUAAUAUCAAUAUAUCAAUUUAUGAUAUAUGGUUAAAUGUUUGCUCUAUACAAAUUAUUUUCCUGCAACUAUAGAAAAGUUUUGCCCUUUCAUUUCCAGUUUAUGUAAUAGUAAUAUACCAGUGCAAAUGAU